GGUUCGAGCCCCACGUUGGGCGCCAGAUAACACGGCCGCCGGGGAUUGACAGCCAAUUAUAGAAAGUGUUCCAGAAAUCAUGUGAAAAAAGGAGGCACGGUACGGGAUUAGAACCCGCGACCCAAUGCGUCGUACAGACAAACCUUACCACAAGGCCACCGUGCACUUAUGAUUCUUAUCCCGAUACACUUUCAUAUAGGUUGAUAACGUGAUGUGCGGCUGAGGGAAACACGGUACCGUGUCAAUUGAUGUACAUAUUAUUUAUUCUUGAAAAUGUCUGGAAAUUAUGAAUAUAUUGAUGUUAUGACUUCUAGCCAGAUAAAACUAAGAUUCCAGAAAAAAAUCAUGAAUAAUUCAAGAGCAUAUAAUUAGUACAUAAAAUUAAAGAAAAUAUAUUUAGGUUUAUGUAAAAAAAAGAAAAAUUGAAACUCUUAGAGGGUCUAAAAAUAUUUUCUGCUUUAUUUAUGCCCGCCUUAUUCCUCCCGAUCAAUAACCCAUAGUCCUGGGAUAAAAAAAAAAAAAAUGAAGAGCAACAAAGAAGAUUCAAGUGAUGAAGAACGAUGGCUAAAAGCUAUUGAAACUGGUAAACUGGAUGAAGUAGAUGAAGAAUUAAAAAAAAUUACCAAAAAAGAUCCUAAAAUGAUGACUGCUAGACAAAGAGCAAUGUUUGAUAGAAAAACUGAAAACAAAGAAUUUACCGAGGAACUUGUUGCACUUCCUUCAGGCUAUAGGGAAAAAAUUCUUACUCCUGAAAUGUUACAAAAGAAAGCUAUUAAAUCUCAAAAAAGAAAACAACAAGCAGAUCAAAAAAGAGAAAAUGACAAAAAGCGAACAAUGGAAAGAUUGUUAAAAAAACAUGAAAGUAAAACUAAGAGUAAUGCUAAAGGACGAAUGACAAGAAAAACAGUAAAUAAUAUUAUAUAUAUCAGUAGACAUGGCAAAAUUGCUCUCUUAUUUCCUGAAGGAAUGGAUUUCCCAUUGAAAAAUUCAAAAGCAAAAACACCACCAGGUCAAAAAUUAUGUGGAAUUGAUGGCUGUAAGAAACCUAAAAAAUAUUCUUGCUCUAAGACUGGUGUUCCUUUAUGCAGCUUACAAUGUUAUAAAACAAAUCAAUUUAAUACUAUAUAUUAAUAAUUCCUCACUAAUGUAUAUGUUAUGUUUUGUAAAUUUUUGUAGCUAAAUAAAAAUAUAAUUCAUUUGUAGGUAACUUUUUUUAGAUACUGUUAAUGAACUUAAACUACAAUUAUAUAUUUUUUUUAAUAUAAUUAAACAUUUUCUAAAAGUU